UUUACUUCUUUUGAGCCCCAGGAUAUAUGGCAUUCCAAGAUCAAAUAAAAAUCAUAUUUUUAUUGCUUAUCACUAGCUCUCUCCAUUUGCAUAGAAAAUUGAUGCUUGACAAGAUAUCCUUUAAUUUCUUAUCUUGGUAAAUGUGUUACUUUUGUAUGUUUUGUACUGCUUAGGACAUAAUGACGUCUUCCCAGACAACUACCUACCCUGGAAUGCAUGUCACCAUUCCCAAUCCUUACCCACCAACAAGUUCCAUGGCUCUUCAUCCUCAACAACCUCUGGGGUUUUUAAAUAUAGGAAACCAAGUACAGACUGGGCAACUUUCCUUCAUUACAUCUCCAGGAAUCUUCACUACCAGUCAGCUGGGUCUAGAAAAUGUGCCAACGGUACAUCCAGCUCCAGGAAUAACGACAACUAACACCAACUUUAAAGAUGCAGCAAUAGCUCUUGGGGCAGUCCAUAUCGUAAUUGGAUUGAUGCACAUUGGCUUUGGAGCUAUUCUUGGGUUGAUGAGCACCUAUGUGUCUUGGACAUUUUCCUCUACUGCUUUUGUUGGUGGAUAUCCAUUCUGGGGUGGAGUCUCUUUCAUUGUGUCUGGCUCACUCUCCAUAUCAGCAUUCAAGAAAUUCUCUCCCUGUCUGGUGAAAAGCACCCUGGUAAUGAACAUCAUUAGCGCUAUCUGUGCCUUUGUUGGAGUGGUUCUGUUCCUGUGGGAUCUGAACAUCAAUGGCUACAAUAAUCAAAACUAUGUGAUGGUGCUUUCUGGGAAAGGAAUUACAGGUGUGCUGGCAAUGUUUUCCUUUUUGGAGUUCAGCAUAGCAAGUGUCAUGGCCUACUUUGCUAACCAAGCCAUGCUCCAUGGCAACAGGUCUGUCCUGGCUAUUCCAACUGUGUGUGCGGCCAACCCCUUGAUGCAAGAGUCUUUCCCAGAUCCUCCAAGCUAUGACAGCAUAUGCUCCUAG